AUGGGCUUUAUGACUGGCUUCUUUGGCGGUUUCACCUUGACAGCCUCGGUCCUCUAUCUCAGCGUCCAAGUGCACCGGUCAACGCGGAUACAGCAACGAGACGCCAUUCGCGAACAGGUCGCCAUCUUGAACGACAUCUCCUCGCCUCUGGGAGCUUACUAUCGAAGUUUCGCACAGGAAGAAACACCGUUACGUAAGGACACCUCAAAGAAACCUUCUGCGGAGGAACUGCUCAAGCAUCAAUGGAAUAAAGAGGUGGAAACGUUGGCUACAAAGGCGCUGAAUUUACGAUGGCAAGAUGUCAGUCAGACUGCGACGGAGGGCUUUAAAACGAUAUCGAGAUUUGUCAAACGAGAGUGA